AUGAAAGACCAUGCUAGUGACCGCUGGGUACAGAUGAUGAGCAAGAUUAUAUUAGGCGACAGAGAUGGUUUCCAAACACGGUUUGAUUCUGCAAAGUCCACUUUCGAGAACAUUUCGAUGUUUUCCCGCACGCCGAGUGAUCUUCAACCGAUAUCCGAAGCUUGGAGGGCACUGAACAGCAAUCGUAACUGGGAGAUAUUCUGCAAUAAGGACAGAUUUCAAGUUGCUCCAAAAAGUGGACUGGCAAGAGAUACAGCCCGACAAACGCCGAAUCCAUGGCCGGUGCUCCCCAGGGUGUAUAAAAAGGUGAAGGAUUGCUACGAUACAACCUUCACGGCAGGUUCAGGCGUAGCAGCAUCUAAAAUGAUGACAAGGGACUCGGUCCUCAAGGAUCAUAAGGUAUUUCAUCAAGCCCUCAUCAACGGCGAUGACCUCAGUAAAGUCAAUUGGAAAACUGUUAUGGACGUUGCAUCAUCGACAGAUGUUUGCACAUGGUUCAUAAGCCAUACAGCAAAUGGGGGCUGGCUCCAAAUUGAUAAAGACCUGGUAGAAAAGGUCAAGUCCGACGAGUUCCGUGCCAACGUCAAGGAUGCUUCUCCAAUGGAUAGGUUGAAAACCAUAGGAAGCACCUUUCUUCAUGAGGCAACACACACAAACCAAGGAGGGCAGCUUGAGGACGUAGUGAUUCCGGACGGACUUAAGCAAAAGAUUCCCAGCUGCUAUAAUUGGAAAUGCGUUGUAGAAAUGGCUAAAGAGCCGUCCAUCAAUGUUGAAAGAAACUCUGAUUCAAUUGCAAUACUAGGUAUUGCACUGAAGCUAUGGAAUUUGAACCACUAUGUGGACGAAGAGGGUGUGAUUCAUGAGAUCGGUGUUUAG